UAGGUCACGUGAAAUAAGAUUCCACUCUGUUCACCAAAUCUACAGAUUUUGGAAGGGUUGAGAUAGAUUUGUCCAUGGCGCAAAAGAUGCGUGAUUGGUCGGAAGUUCCACUUGAUCUGUUGGUUUCGAUAGGUAGAUGUUUGAAUCUGAUUGAAGACUACCUGAAUUUUGGCUCUGUCUGCAAAUCCUGGCACUCUGUGGCCACCAAGAACAAUUUUAACAAUGACUUGUGUAGAGCUCCUUGGCUAAUGCUAGCGGAGGAAGAGGAUAAUGAGGUUCGGAAAUUCUUCAGCCUCUAUAAUGGCAUGAUUUUGAACAAGAGGAUCCCCAAAGCUAGCAGAAAACGAUGUUUGGAGUCUAUGGGUUGGCUUAUCACGGUAGGAGAAGAGGGUGAAAUUAGUCUGCUACAUCCCUUCUCUGGUGUUCAGAUUGAAUUACCCCAUCAAAAUACAACAGUAGACUACCUCAAUCAUGAGAUUGACCCACUGACUUGCUUUAUUGGCUGUCUAUUAGUUUGUGAUGUUGCUGAUGUUGUUGGCCCUGAACUCACUAAAUGUCAUAUUCUAGCUCAGAUACCAACGGAACCUCAAGAUAUGCCGGAGCACUUAAACAUCCUAGAAUCACUAGGAUCAUUAUUUGUAAUUGCGCGAUAUGGUGUUCAACUUAGGUUAGUCCAAGAUGAUUGCGACAGGAUUCCAUUAACAGUCUUCCCAGAAGGAGAAAUAAGAGAGGAUAUGGUUUGGGAGGAUCUAACAUAUGGGACAACAAAUUUUCGAGUUUUCCAGGUUGAUUUAGCUGCUGUCAAAAUGACAGAAACCAGGGAAUUAGGGGACGCAGCUUUUUUUCUAGGUGCUAAUGCUUCUCUUUCAGUCCAAGCUUCUCGAUGUCCAGGAAUCAAGCCCAAUCAUAUUUAUUUUACAGAAGAUUUUUAUGAAACAUACCUCUCCUAUGAAGAAGGAGGAGGCUUGGACAUGGGGGUGUUCAACUUAGCAGAUGGCAGCAUCCAGCCGCACUACAACGGUGUUUCCCUUAGUCGUUUUUGUCCUCCAACUUGGGUAACACCAACUCCGUAUUGAGUCAUACAUACUCAUCCUUUAUUUUAUUCUGUUUGUUAGGUUACUUUUUAAGCUUUUAAUUUAAAUAAUUACUGUCAAUUACUUUCAAAACUGGUUGAUGUACCUUUCUUAUUGGACAAAAUAUAAUCCAAUUAGUGGUUAUA